AUGGAAGUUGGUUAUCAACAAACACUAGUAAAACAUUGUUUAUUAAGGAGGGCAAAAACUGUCGGAGAAAGGCCACAUGCCUUCGGUGAAAGAAUUCUCCGAGAGCGAUUAAUGCUCUCGCAGCGUCUCGGUGGUAAAGUCGUCGGUGAAAAAAAGAUGGCAGAAACCACCGUUCCUGAUUUCCCUCGACGGAUUUCUUUGAAAAGCGCCCUCUGCCUUAAGAAGAUUGUAACGAAGUUUGAGGAAAUGGAUCUUGUGGAGAAGGUGUACAAUACCCAAUUCCGAUAUAUAGUCUCUGCGCCAGUGUUGCAGUUCUCAGGAACUAUUGAGGAUUAUGAUGAUGAAGAGGAGGGAAGUGAACCUGAGGAUGAACAAGAAGAACCUACUUCCAAACCAAACACCCGGAAGAGAAAGGCUGCGCUUAAUCUCAAAGAAGCAGUAAACCUGAAGAGGAAGCUUGCUUAUGAAUCUAGUCCUGCCAACAUUCCUAGCCCCCCAUCCGCUACUACUCCUGGAUUACCUCCAACAUCUUCUGUUGGAUGUAAAUGUGAAGAGCUGAAAGAGGAGGUAAAAGCGCUGAAGGAGGAGCUCAUCAAAGAGGUGAAGGAUGAGCUCAAAGAGAUGAAAACAGCUUACGAAGAAACUCAAACAAAUCACAAGGCUUAUAUGAAAAAGUUGGUUGUUAGUAUGUGCGAACAGUUAUUAGCCAAAUCCAACCAAAGGAUGGCCACUUUAAUUGUCAAAUUAGAUAGUAUGGAGGAGGAGAGGAAGAAGAAGAAGAAGAAGAGCAAAUUGGAAAAGAAGGGCAAGACUGAGGAUGGGAAGGUGGAGGAGAUGAUAACGAAUGAGAUGGAGAUGACGGAUCGGAAGGUGGAGGAUAAAACUGAGAGUGUUAAUGUGAAGGUGGAGGAUAAAACUGAGAGUGUUAAUGUGAAGGAGGAUGGUGGGGAGAUUGAGACUGAUGUGAAGGUGGAUGGUGGUGAGACUGAGAAAGAUGUAAAGAAUUGGUUGAAAGAUGAAGCUACCAAUGAUGAGACAAAGACUGUGUUUACUUGCGAAGCACGAAAGAAGUUGUUUGUUAGAGUUCUAACAAAGUCCACAUGGCUUAAAGAUCCUGAAAUCGACGCAGUGUGCCACUUGUUGCGCAAAAGGAUUGAGCAAUAUCCCAAGACAUAUAAACAUUGUAAAGUAUCAAUAGGGGAUUGCUUAUUAGCAGAUAUGAUGAGGCGAGAGUACCCGAACUAUAAAAAAGAUCCUGAAAAUUUUCCAAUAUCAGACGUCUUUUCUCAGUACUUCUGGGGAGCGCCUCAUAGACAUAUGCCAGAAUGGCCACUAGUAGACGAUAUUUACGUGCCUUUGAACAUUGGCAACAAGCAUUGGGUACUGUGCGUCGUUCGUGUACAAGAUAAUCACAUUGACGUUUAUGACUGCGACUCGAGUAUUUAUAGGAAUCUCGAUCCAUACAUGAGACCUUUGUGUGAGAUGUUUCCACGAAUAUAUGCAAUGGGAGCCAGUGAUGCUGAGCUAAAACGGUAUCCUAAUUUCAAUUUCCAGAAACUGACAUAUAAAAGGUUGCCACACCCAGUCAAAAAUGCAGUCCCCAAAAAUGGGGAAGUCCUUAGAGCAGAAGAAAGUGGGGAUUGUGGUGUAUUUAUGCUUAUGCACAUGGAAUACUUGACUGCUGGUUUAGGUGUAGAGAAGAACUUGACUUGUGCUUAUGUAUUCUGA